UUUCAGAGUUUAGCUAUCGAUGGAACACAUCCACACCGUAUUGCAUGGCAGAGGAAAGAGCGUAGUUCCCUUGCUCAGCGUCUCCUCCACGCAGCCAGCCCGACCCGGUGCAGUGCAUAUGAACUGAGUCUGGUGCUCGUGGCUCCCUUGCGCAGCGUCUCCUCCACCGGCUCACCGCCAUGGCCACGGCGCGCGCUGUUGCCGCGUCCAUGAGGCUCACCUGCGCGCUCAGCACCUUAGCCAUCCUCGCCACCAUCCUCUUCACGCUCCUCCUGCUGAUCGCUGGUGCCUUGCAGUUGCGUGUCCCGACCGGCUACGUGGUGGUCGACUGCGCCCCGCCCCCGCCCUCGGACGCCGCCGCUGCUGCCUUCCUCGACAGCCUCCUGCCGCUCCUGGCCGCGCUGCCCGCUGCCGCCGCGCCGACGGGGUUCGCGUCCCUGCAGUCCAGCGGCGGGGCGUUCACCCGCGGCGUCUGCCUGGGCGGCUCCGCGCUCAAGGAGUGCCUCGCGUGCCUCGCCGCGGCCGCCAAGAACCUCACCGGCUGCGGCGCGAGCAGGCGCGCCGGCGUCUGGAGGGGCGAGGGCUGCUUCAUGGGCUACGCGGACGGCAACGCUUCCUCUCCGCACGAGGACGUCUUCCGCGACGUCGUCUCCUUCGGCGAAGACGUCUUCCCCGCCGUCAUCUCCUUCGACGACGGCAAGCCGCCCUCCAACCCCAAGUGCUUCGACACGCGGGCGCUCGUCGCGCUCGCGCAGUCGCUGGCGGGGCGCGGCGCGGCCAACAGCUCGGGGGCGCGCGUCGUCACCGACGCGGCCGCGCUCUCGAGCAACGCCACUGGGAAGACCACGGUGACGUUGCGGGCGCAGUGCGCGAGGGACCGCGCCGCGGCGGCGGACUGCGCCCGGUGCCUGGGGGGCUCGGGGCGAGAGGUGCGGGCGUGCGGCUGGGGCCUCGACGGCGAGCACGAGCGCGUGGCCGACGUGCUCGGCUACAACUGCUUCCUACGGAUCGAGACCUCAGUUCCGACGGGUUGGCCCAUGCCCGUGGCGAAAUAUAUGAAGGAUCCCGUCCUGAUAACCUUGUGCGCCGGCAUGCUGCUCGCGCUGGUCGCCGCGGUAAUCGCGUGCGUCCGUGGGAGGAAGAAGAGGGGCACCGGGAACGCGUAGCUGCCGCAGCCACCAGCAGCAGCAUCAGCAGGUCAGCAAGUGAGCGCUGCUGCAAACUGAGGGAGAUGGAGUCACCGAUCACCACCGCCACCUUGGAGUCAUACGACCACCCCGCCCUGCUGCUCUGCUUCACCGCGUGCGGAUGAGACCGAUCGUCGAUGCUCUCGUAGCUGGUAUUAGCUGGGGUACUAGUAGCGUGGCCACUGCGUUGGCUGUCGUAUGGGGCGAUAUGAACCUAUGUAAUUACUGAUCCACAACUCUAUAUCUUAGAUUAGUUUAAGUAGUCAUGUGUGCGUUCCUUGAGCUACAGGUGAGACUUGAUGUAGUUGCAAUUAGACUUCUGCAGCGUGAUUGCUCAUCUCUGCAUGUUUUGGAAGGAAAAUUGGACGUGGCACUGCGCGAGAAUACACCUUAUUUGGUGAUCGGUCUCCACUAAUGGGCGAAGGCACAACCGUUAGUACAAGGGAUACCACUGACGUCCAUCGAUGAUCUGUUGGUGGAGACCCAUCCAACCCUCCUCUAGUGAUGAACUUGA